UGCGUCGCGUUUGAUAAACCUCACACAACUUGGUCAUCAGUCCUAAACUUUUGCUAUUUAACGUUCCUCCAAUGAGGCAAUAGUUUCAUUCACUGUAUUUAACUGCUGGCGAUAUUGUCUUGUUGCAGAAGUAUCAAUUUUAUCAAAAUGUUUCGAGUUGUUUUUCUAACGCUAGCGUAUUUGUGCGUUUUUGGUGCCGCUACCACUGUCAAGAAAUGUACAAACAAGCCGUUUCCACUAAGCGUUGCCAUCCAAGACUGCGAGGAGCCGCCGUGCGUGGUCUAUAAAGGACAAUUCGCUAUAAUGGAUGUUCAGUUUUUGGGCGAUAAGAACAAUAUUGCGCGUAUUACAACAAAGGUCACUGCGAAAGUUUUUGGCAUGAAUUUGCCGUAUGACCUGCCCGAGGAGGUAUCAAAUGUGUGCAUCAAUCUGUUGUAUGGCGCCAUCUGCCCCAUUGAUAAGGACGAGGAUGUUACGUAUAGAUUCAAUUUUUACGUGGAGCCCGCAUUUCCCGAAAUUACCGCCGAUGUUACGGUCACACUGAACGAUGCCGAUGACAAUCCGAUCUCCUGCUUUGUGGUCACUUGUAAAAUCCGUAAAGGUCCCUCAGCGCGACACGAGCAGCUGCUUUUGGAUGCGCACGAGCCCAACACCAUUUCGAAGGAAAACGUUUUAUAUGGACCUGUACCCGACACGACACUUCUAGACUAACUGAUUCCGCAAUUGGUCGCCUGUCAUAUUCUUGGCUAAUAAACAUCGAAUUCUCAACUGAUAGCCCACGUUUGUUUACUGAUUCGACGUCAUCACUUAUGGGCCUUCCAGUGUACCGCCUAAUCAGCUCUUGCCUUAGCGAGCUGCGUUUCAAUUGAUAAGAUUUGUGACGUUGCCAUUUGCACUCAAAUUAUAAAUUAAUUUUAAUUGCCUGGGUAGCUCACAUACUAAUAAAAUCCGUUAUGAUAAUCAUUUAUUGACCGGCAGCAGGCUUCUUGAAUUGGCCAUAUGGUCAACAGGUCUUGAUUGCGGUUGAUAGGGUUUAGAUUUUUUAGGUGCAAAUC